UGAGAAGAGAAGAUUCAGAAUGCAGCCACUACCCAGAGCCCGACCAUCAAACACCUUAACAAGAUACAGGAAGUGUUGUGCUACUAUCACCAUGGCUGCGCUGAGGGAGGGAGGAUUUACCCCCUUCCUCAUAACAUACUACUCAUAACAACCCUCCUCCUCUCCAAUGAUAAUAAGAGACCCGGUACUUCCUGAAGGAGAUCUAGAGAAGACGGGGAGUCAGCGUCACCAGACCAUGGCAAACCUUAGUGGGGCAUCUUCAUAGCCUGUCCAGGGCUCCUCUGUGCUGCUUUGGGGCUUUCUUUUUUAUUUUAUUUCCCGGACGUGAGCAGUCAUGCAGAACAUCAAGUGUGUGGUGGUCGGAGACGGAACGGUUGGUAAGACUUGUUUGCUGAUAAGUUACACCAGCAAUGCAUUCCCUGGAGAAUACAUCCCAACUGUAUUUGACAACUAUUCUGCCAAUGUUAUGGUUGAUGGAAAACCAGUUGGCUUGGGCCUGUGGGAUACAGCUGGACAAGAAGAUUACGAUAAACUUCGUCCAUUGUCUUAUCCACAGACGGACGUGUUCCUAGUUUGCUUUUCAAUUGUGAGCCCAGCUUCAUUUGAAAAUGUCUAUGAAAAGUGGUACCCAGAAGUCCAACACCACUGCCCCAGCACUUCUAUCAUUCUUGUGGGUACAAAACUUGAUCUGAGAGAUGAUAAAGAGACAAUUGCAAAACUGAAAGGGCAGAAUCUUGCACCCAUUACUUUUCCUCAGGGACUUACCAUGGCAAAAAAGAUUGGUGCCAGGAAAUACUUAGAAUGCUCAGCACUUACGCAAAGAGGACUGAAGAUUGUGUUCGAUGAAGCAAUAAGAGCUGUUCUCAUCCCACCACCAGUGAAGAAGAGGAAGAAAGAGUGUCUGCUUUUGUAAUCCUUGCACUGCUUCUCCCCCAGUCCCAGACUUGAAAAUGCCAACCCCAGUCCUAUUUGUAAAAAAAUAUUAUCUGCCUAAAAAAUCUUAAAUAGAAAAUCCAUUAAGUGACAAAUCUUUUUCAGACUCUACUGAAACCCUUACCUGAAUGAUAGAUCAGUCUAUUUAGCCUUAUUUUUCUGAAAACGGUUUCUCCAUUUUGCUUGAACUAAUUAAAUGUUGCCAAAACACCCACUCA